UCUACCCAGUUUUGAAUUUUUCUACUAUCUCACUCAUCAAUUCAAUUUUGUUUUCAUGAGGAAAUUAAAUUCGCCCAAAGUUGGCAUUAUUGCAGUUGAGUUUUGAGCUCUCUCAUUGAUUAUGGGGUGUGUCCUCGGGACCAGAGCUGCCGGAGAAUCUACCCGGAAGGACAAAAAACGCCGGCCGUCUUGCGGAGCUAGGGUCAGGAAGGACGGAGAGGAUGUCUCCGCCGCCGCCGCAGUCACCGUCGAUGGCGGCCGCCGACGGAAUCACAAGAGACAAAAGCAACCGCCGCCGCCGCAGGAGCUUUCCGCGAUUGGGAACUUUGCGGCCAUCGACCAACAGGGGUGGCCGUUGUGGCUGGUCGACGUCGCCGGAGAUGCGAUUAAAGAUUGGGUUCCGAGGCGCGCCAAUACGUUCCAGAAGCUCGAUAAGAUAGGGCAGGGGACAUACAGCAACGUAUAUAAAGCGAGGGACUUGAUAAGCGGGAAGAUAGUGGCAUUGAAGAAGGUUAGAUUCGACAAUUUAGAGGCCGAAAGUGUGAAGUUCAUGGCGAGAGAGAUACUCAUUCUGAGGAAGCUUGACCAUCCAAAUGUCAUCAAGCUUCAAGGCUUGGUCACUUCCAGAAUGUCCUCCAGUCUUUACCUUGUUUUCGAGUACAUGGAACAUGAUUUGGCUGGCCUUGCUGCUUCUCAUGGUCUCAAGUUCACUCAUCCCCAGGUGAAAUGCUACAUGAAACAGUUGCUUUCUGGACUUGAGCACUGCCACAACAACGGUGUCCUGCAUAGAGACAUAAAGGGUUCCAAUUUGCUUAUUGAUGAUGACGGGACUUUGAAGAUUGCAGAUUUUGGAUUAGCAUCGUUUUAUAACCCUGAAAUAAAACAACCCAUGACUAGCCGGGUUGUCACCCUCUGGUAUCGCCCUCCUGAGCUUCUUCUUGGAGCUACUCACUAUGGUGCUGGUGUUGAUCUAUGGAGUGCUGGCUGCAUUUUGGCUGAGUUACUCUAUGGGAAGCCCAUCAUGCCUGGGCGAACCGAGGUUGAGCAACUCCACAAGAUAUUUAAAUUAUGUGGUUCGCCGUCUGAAGAGUAUUGGAAGAAAUCCAAGUUACCUAACGCGACACUUUUCAGACCACAACAACCAUAUAAGCGGUCUACUAAAGACACGUUCAAGGAUUUUCCACCCUCUUCGUUACCUCUAGUAGAGACUCUUCUAGCAAUCGAUCCUAACGAGCGAGGCACAGCCACUGCAGCUUUACACAGUGAGUUUUUUACUAGUGAGCCAUACGCGUGUGAGCCAUCGAGCUUGCCAAAGUAUCCUCCAAGCAAGGAAAUGGAUGUAAAGCUGAGGGAUGAAGCACUGAGAAGGUUGAAAGGUGCAAAUGGGAAAGGCCAUGGGGCGGAUGGAGCCAGAAAGGCGCGAGUCAGAAACCGGAUUAGCCGUGCAAUUCCAGCUCCCGAGGCUAAUGCAGAGCUCCAAGCCAAUUUAGAUAGGUGGAAAGUGAGAAACCAGCAGGGAGAAGGGAAGAAGAGCAAGAGCGAGAAAUUCCCGCCGCCGCACCAAGACGGGUACAUAGACGCCGGGCCGCUAUCGUUCGGCAGCGGUGGGCCCGACGCCUCUUUUGCUUCCUCAAAUUUCGGCGGGAGAAUGUUGCCUCCGCUCCAAACCAGUGCCGCGACGAGGAGAAAGAAGAAGGGCGGAGAAGAGACGACGCCUCGCGUGGGUCCCGCCCGGAAGUUCAUGCAUACAUUCCUCCCAUCUUCGGUUUUGGAUCUGAGAGUCAGGAGGAGGAGGAAGAGGAGUAGAGCGUCCAUUUCGGAGAUCAUCGGCCACUCAAUGUAGAUAAUAUGUGAGGAGGAUGGGUUUUAUGUCGUGU